CCCACCCAUCCGGCCAUCCGCCUAUAAAAAGUUGCGAGUCUCCUGGCUGGCACCAACCACUCGCACUGGCAUAGCAUCUGGUCUCGUCUCUCUCCGAUCCCUCUCCUCUCCCUCCCCCUAGCCACUACCCACUUGAGCGAGCCCUAGGCCCUAGCAGGCGAAAGCCAUGGCGUCCUUGGGUGUUCGUGCCGCCGCCGCCGCUCGUCUUCCCUCCCUCCGUCCUCGCCGCGACGGCAGCAGGGUGCUCACCGGCUUGAGGGUCGGGACAGGGCACUACGGCGUGCGGCUCGCGCUUUCUUCGUCCACAUCAGCUUCUCCCAGAGAGUUCAAGGUCGCUGGCCUUCCUGUCGAUGACAGCAGUUUGGGCCCGGGGGAUGAAUAUGAGUUUGGACUCUAUACUCCUAAGCUGCUUGCAGUUACUGGAGAUGAUUAUGUGUCUAACCCCCGCAUGCCAGACGAGGAUGAGUUCGACCAUUUCUACCGUGUUGUCGCCAAGAAGACUGACAUGCUGCUCAGCUGCCACCUUCCAAAGCCGCUUGCAGUUUCUGAAGAGGAGAAGGCCGUGCAGGAGAAGUUCAAGGAGAUGGCGAACGAAUGCAUCGACCUCCUGGUUGAUGCGAUGCGCCGCAUCCCAGCGGAGAAAAGGCGCCCACUGUUCUCGGUGUUUGGUGAGCUGUACCCGGUAUUUGAGUCAGUGAGGUGGACUGCCGAGGGGGGGUGUGCCAAGUGGUGGAUGGCGCUGCAGAUCAUGGAGAAGCUGGAGAUCGUGCGCAAGAUGGUGUCGAGCGCUUGCGGCGGCACCCCUCUUGACAGAGGCACGGUGUUCGCCAGGAAGGUGGACCUCACCGGUGUCGACGGUCAGGCGCUCGCCGGCCACGGCCUCGGGAGCAACUUAUCAGUUGAGGACGUUCAUGGCUUCAUGCUGUUUACGAUGAAUAUAAUAUGCUUGCAUGCAUGUUGUUUCUUAAUUUUGGGUGAAACGAACACAGGUGGUGAUCUUCGUGCUGCUCCACAACGUCUUCAGCAACGUCAAGUCGGACAUCGAUGGCAUGGUCUCUGCUUCCACUCCUUAUUAGCCAUCGUCACCUAGCUACCUACGUGUCUACAGAUUUGCAGUCACUAGCCUCAAGUCUCCAAGUGAUUGGAUCUCUGCUACAGUGCUCUUACUACUGCCCUAGCGCAAAUCUUGAUGUGUCCGUUCUAGCUACUACUAGUAUCUACCUUGGUUAUGUUGGAUCAUGCAUGUGAUUGGGUUCUGCUAGUACUAUGGUUUCUGUUCUACCCAGUAGAUGGCUACUUCACUGUGUUGGAUCAGUCACAUUACAUGAUUUCUGAUAAUAAUGAUGCCCUUCAAUCCUUCUGUUUUU